GGUCCAAAAAGGUGGAUGGUGUUAUCCAGUGCAGGCUUCAUCCUACGAACCUCUCCUUAUAAUCACACGCUCACUUACGCUUCCUCUCUCUCUCUCUCUCUCUCUCUCUCUCAUUAUGUGAUUUCAACACCAACAAAAGCAAAAUUAGGGUUUUCUAUUCGGGAAAAUAAUCAUUAUAAUAAUAAAAAUAAAAACUAAUAAUAAUUGUUGAAAAUAACGAAAAUUACUCUGGAGAGUUUGUUGAAAACAUGGUUGUCGAUGAUAUUAUGAAGCGCAUCAUCGUCGGCUAUGGAGGUUCCUGUUCUUCUCGAUUCUCUGAUGCUUAUCCUAAAAGGGGUUUGAUGGAAGGGAGAUAUAGUGGGGAUUGAUAAGAUGAAGGUGUUGUUUAUAAGGUUGUUUUGUUGAAUUGUUUUUGGGAUGACAAUAUUGUAUCAACCAGCAAUAAAACAACAACUCAUCAACAACAAGAUGAGGUAGCAUUGGCGAUUCUUGUUUUGCUUCUUUCUCAAUGGAGAAUCAUCACCCUUCCACGUUAUUGUCCAUGGAUUCAAGUGCAUCUUCUCAUGAGGAACUGGACUUGGAGAUGAAUCGCCAAAUCAUACUUUCUCGCCCGCCAGAUAUCAAUUUGCCAUUAUCUGCCGAACGUAGUCCGCCUCCGCAGUCAUGGAAUUCUGAUCCUUGUGAUAUUUUGGAUGUUAGUCUUGGUACUCAAGGGUAUGAAACUGAGACUUUUCUCACUCUGCCCAAAGUUGGAAGGAAAUGUGCUAAACGAGUUGAUAGCAUAUGGGGUGCUUGGUUUUUCUUCAGUUUUUACUUUAAGCCUUCCUUGAAUGAUAAAUCCAAGGCCAAGAUUGUUAGGGACAGUAAUGGCAUUUCAGGUUUUGAGAAAUCUGAUCUUAAUCUUGAUGUUUUCAUGGUUCAACAUGACAUGGAAAAUAUGUACAUGUGGGUUUUCAAGGAGAGGCCUGAAAAUGCAUUGGGCAAGAUGCAGCUGAGGAGUUACAUGAAUGGGCAUUCUCGCCAAGGAGAACGCAUGUUUCCUUUUAGUGUAGACAAAGGUUUUGUUCGAUCCCAUCGGAUGCAAAGGAAGCAUUAUCGGGGACUUUCAAACCCUCAGUGUGUGCAUGGCAUUGAGGUUUUCCCUUCACCCAGUCUGAUGAAUCUUGAUGAGGAUGAUCGGAAAAGGUGGAUUGAACUUACCGGCCGAGAUUUGAAUUUCACAGUCCCACCUGAAGCAAGCGAUUUCAGUUCAUGGAGAAAUCUUCCCAACACAGACUUUGAGCUUGAGAGACCUCUUCCUCCAAUCAAGGGUACUGCAAAUGCACACCCAAAGAAGCUGCUUAAUGGAUCUGGAUUGAAUUUGUCAACUCAUCCGUCGAACAACAAUAAUGGCGAUGGGUUGGACCUGUCUCCUGUCAACGGCAAAAAGAGGAAAGACUUUUUCCCUCAGGGAAAUGGUAACGGAAAUGUAAACGAUGAAGAAUGUUAUCUGCAUGUUAAUCCUCCAUCUGAUCGGAUCCAAGACAUAGAAAUGCACCCGAGUGAGCCGCACUGGUUAAAUGAAUUCAGUGGGGUGAUAAAGAAUGUGUAUGGACCUGUUACAGCUGCAAAAACUGUCUAUGAGGAUGAACAAGGUUACUUGAUUAUUAUCAGUCUGCCCUUUGUAGACCUUGCAAGCCUAAAAGUUUCAUGGAAGAACACCCUGACUCAUGGUAUCAUCAAGGUUUCUUGUAUGAGCACAUCUCGAAAGCCUUUUAUCAAGAGACGUGAUAGGACAUUCAAGCUUACAGAUGCAUCCUCAGAGCACUGCCCCCCUGGAGAAUUUGUCCGCGAAAUUUCUCUCUCAACCAGAAUUCCUGAAGACGCCAAUCUGGAAGCAUACUAUGAUGAGCCAGGAUCAGUGCUAGAGAUCAUGGUGCCAAAACAUCGCGUUGGACCUGAAGAGCACGAAGUUCGCGUUUGCCUCCGCCCUCAUCUGGGAGGGAAUGAUCUUAUGUUGACUUGAGAUAUAGACCAUUAAAAAAAAUUGUUAGGGAUGCUGCUAGUAUGGUGCCUUUAUCAUUGUUUUUCUAACUUGUACCAUGCAGUGUUAUUUUUAAUAGAAAUGAUGUUAUCUUGCUUUGUCUGUAGCAGUUAUAGUUUAGCUCACUAAUUGCCCUGGUUCUUUUUUUGUUCCAGUGCAUCUUCAAGCUUUUGAUUGUAAGCAUAAUCAUGUAUAAGAUUAAGAAAUUAUCAUAUACAUUUGGAUUAUUUUAUUACUGAAAAUAGAAGAAGAGUUGAAUGAUUCAUUGCUCA